ACGGCCGUUAUGCUGACAUCCUGCUGUCGUGCUUGGAACUCUAGGGAUCGUGGUUGUUUCCUUGGCGCCCAUCGACCGUUGGAUCAUCCACUACACAGAUUUCAAAACUUUCGGUGCUCUAUCAUUUGCAGAUCUCAAAGCGAGGAGUGGAUGAUCCAACGAUCGACGGACGCGAAGGAAGGUGCAUCGUUCUCCCUGGAAACAACCUCGUCUCGUGCGAAGAUGGGGCGGAAGAAGUUCAUCGACAGGAAGAACUCCGCCACCUUCCAGCUCCUCGCGCGCGACUCCUCCUCCUCCGCCACCUUCCAGCUCCUCGCGCGCGACUCCUCCUCCUCCGCCACCUCCACCGCCGGCGACGGUGGUGCACCGCCCUAAUCCGACUGCCACACGGACGACGAGGGGAGCGCGCUGAUGGCGGGGUAUCCGGGGGUCGCACGGAGAGCGCCCUUCCGGACCACGUGAGGAGGGAGAUUAUGGAGCUGGGGCUCCCCGAAGAUAAGAUGGUUAUAAUUACCUCAGCCAUCUCCGUGAGAAAGAAUGCUGGCGGUGGCUCCACCUACUACGAUAACAGCAAGGCCGGGCUCGAUCGGGUUCCGCUCGAUUUUAAGGCCUAUGAUGCUUCAAGGCUUCGAAUCAGUUCCGAGUCGAAGGCAAAUCUUCCUGAAGGACAUGCGGGAGUAAAUGAGGAAGAGGAGGAGGAGGAGGAGGCGGUGCUCCGAGGUGUGGAGAUGGUUUCUGCUAAAGAAAAGGUUGGAGUGGCAAGACAUAAUCUACUGGAAGAGCAGAGAAGGAAUUUGCUGAGUGAAACGGAGAAGAUGAGCUUGAGGGGGGCGAAAAGCCAAGAGUUCGUCGACCCCUGGAUGAGCAAUUUGAUCUUGAGAGUUUUUGUUUCUCAUUCACCAUUCCCUUUUGCAUGAUAUUGGCUUGCCUUCUGAUUCAUGUGUACUUAGAGAACAAAUGCAUGCUUUAUAGCAUUGUUAAGGUGUUUAGGAGUAGCAGAGUCUAAUAGCUCAUUCCAUAAAGACACUAUUAUUGUUUUGUUGAAAAUCUUCAUUUUUUUCAGAAAACAUUGGCAUUGGUUGAAUGAUCUGUGACCUCGUUCCAGAAUAACUCAAUGAUCCUAGAAUUUUACAUGACUCAAUUCCCCCUAUUUUUUUUGUUAUCGAGAAUACAUACACAUAUACAUAUACAUGUAUAUUCACAUAUAUUAUUCACAUAACU